GCAGCAGCUGAGACCAUGCUCCGCCGCGCCGCCGCCGCGACCGCGCGCGGCAUCCGUCAAGCGUCGACGCCGCCGCAGCGCACAGAUGCGAUCGUCGUCGGAGCGGGCCUCGUCGGCGUCAGCACCGCGUCGCGCCUCGCCGACGCCGGCCUGCGAGUCCUCUGCGUCACGCGGCACCCGCCGUGCUCCUACACGUCGGCCGUCUCGACGGAAUGCUACCGCGACUUCUGGCCGAGCCGCGAGAUGGCGGAGUUAAUGUCGCGGUCCAUCGACCUGAUGGAAGCGACCGCGCAAGCAGGGAUCGGCCUGACGCGGCGCGGCUACGCCUACUGCGCGCGGCAGCCGGAAACGCUCGCGAAGGCCGUGGCCGAGUGCGAGGACCUCGGUGGAGUGAGGCACCACGCGACGCUCGCCGCGUAUGAGCCGUCGCCGAGCGGGGUUUUAAACCUGGACGCCGUCGACGCGCUGCCCGCGGGCUUCGACGUGCUCCACGGAGAUGCGGCAAGGCAAGCCUUCCCAGCUUUGGCGGAGGACGUCGUGGGCGUCGUGCACGCGCGGCGCGCGGGCUGGGUCGACUCGGGCCGCUACGCCGCCGAGCUCGUCGCUCGGGCGAAGGCGGUGGGCGUCACGUUUGUGGCGGGGUGCGUCGACGGCGUCGAGUGCGAAGGCGGCGCCGUCGCGGGCGUCCGGGUCGACGGGCGCCCCGUCGCGACGUCGACGCUGGUGAACUGCGCGGGGCCCUACCUGACGCAUAUACAUGGGAUGGUCUCGGCGCCGGAGCUGCCGGUUGCAAACGAGGUCCACGCGAAGUGCAUCUUCAGAGAUGCGUUGCGGACCGUGCCUCGGAACGCGCCCAUGCUCAUCUCCCUCGACUCUACGAGAAUUAUGGACGACGACGGGCUCGAGGACGCCUUCGGCGCUGCAACAGCGGCGAAGCUCACGGGACUGGCGCCCGCGGGUGUCCACCUCCGCCCCUGGGGCGACGAACAUAUUCUGUUGCUGUGGGAUUACUGGCAUGCCGAUUGUGACGUCGAGGAGCCGCCCGUCGAUGUGCCAAGCUUCGACGCGGACCUCUACCCGGAAGUUUGCUUAAGAGGGCUCGCGGGCUUCAUACCAGGGUUGCGGGCGUACGUCGACGGCGAGAGCGAGCGACCACUGAUCGACGGCGGCUAUUAUACCCAGACGCCCGAGAACCGACCGCUGAUCGGGCCCGGCGGCGUCCCGGGGUAUUACGUGAAUGGGGCCUUUGCUGGGUUUGGGUUGAUGGCUGCUGAGGCCGCCGGUGAGCUCUGCGCGGCGCACGUUUUGGGGAACACGCUGCCUUCUUAUGCCUCGGCGUUCGUCCCCCCUCAUGUACGCUGGACCCGGCCUACCCGCUCUAUAUUGGGUCUCGCGGGGCGGGUCGAUAUGCUUUGGUGUUGUUGUUGCGUGUAAGUUUUGUGAUGGUUUUGGCGGUCGUCUGGCCUGAGAAAUGAGGUUGCUUGA